GCGAUAAAGUCCUCUCGGGUCAGCCCACACCGCAUGGAGAAGUUGCACAGAUAGAGGGGCGCGUGAUUGGACUUUAUUCCCAAAUGAGUGAUCGAGACGCGGGCCUUCCAAUCACCGCUGCUCUAAUCUGUGGAAUUUCUCUUUGCAGGAUGUGGCGCUUCACGGCGACACUGCUGCUGCUGGCUCUGGCUUCAGCCGAACCCCAGGGAUACAAUUACCCGGAACCCGACAACCAAUACCUUCCUCCUGCAAAAUGCAAUCUUGCUCCUGUCACUUCCGUCGUCUACAACACUCAGCUUCAGACCUCGGUCCGCCUCCAGACCGUCAAUCAAGUCAACACUCAAUACGCAACCACGACCAUUGUCAGGCAACAGGUGGUACCAACCACACUUUUCCACUCGGUUCAGACGCAGGUCCAGUAUCAGACCAGCGUUGUUCGACAAACAACUAUUCGUGCUAUUGACAGGUUUGUCACCCAGACCGUUCCAAGCCCACCUCUUGUGCAAACUCGUUUCGUCACUUCAACCCGUGUGGUGCCACAGGUCAACUACGUCACACGUACUCAGCUACAGACACAGUUGGUUCCUGUCCAAGUGACCAGCACUCAGAUCAGGACUAUCAUCCAGCCUCUUACUAAUUACCAGACACAGGAGCGUCAAGCUACCCGUGUCGUCACUAUCCCAGGCCGUGACGUUGUACAAACUCGUGUUCAGACUAUUGUUCAGACCUCCAUUGUCAGGAGCCAACAGCCAGCUAUCACCCGUUUUGUAACAUCAACACGUGUGCAACAGCUACUAAAGACAUCUAUCGUCCGUGGACAGGACGUUCUUUCAACUACUGUUGUUCAGCGUCAACAGAUCAUUCCGUUCACAUCUGUUAACACUCGUUACCAGAAUGUCGUUGCUACUCGUCAGCAGCUGGUGACGAGAACCAAUGUUGUUACCCAGACACGUAUCCUCACACAGGUGGUGUCCCAAGAGGUGGUGCGUACUCAGGUGGUUCCCACCACCAUCUACACUACUCUCUUCGAGACAAGGGUUCAGCCCUUCACACAGGUGCAGACAGUUGUCAGGACCCAGUACGUCACACCGGUCCCCGUUGUACAAACCCGUCAGGAAGUCAGGACCUCUGUGGUCCAAGUACCCGGUCAAGAUCGCGUCGUUAACCGGGAGCUGGUUCAAACCCAACAAAGACAGGAGGUCGUGUACCGAACAGUUAACCAGCCUCGCCAAGUUACUGUCACUCAGACAGUUACUUCCUCUUGUGGAUAUAAUUACGAUGCCCCAGCCGUUCCCUUCAAGUUCUAGAAAAUAAUGAUUGCUCUUUGCCAUACUUUGAUAAUUUUAGCUUCUCUCAAUGUCACUGACGAUGAACCAAAUGUGAAUCAUUUUAAGUGACUGUGAUUGCAUUUCGUAGUGAUAUUUACUUCCCUGUGAGCUCUAUACGAAUAAAAUGUUAAACAUGAUAUUCCUA